AUGCAUUCCCAAAUCGUCUCGUGCAUGUCACUUUUCUUACUAGCCGCCAUUGCAAGUGCGCAGUUCGAGGAUCCAGAGCACCCAUACAUGCCUCCAGCUACAACCGACCGUCGUUCGCCAUGCCCAGCCCUCAACAUCCUCGCCAACCACGGCUACAUCAACCGCGACGGCGCCUUCAUCUCAAGUGAAAGUGCCACGAUAGCUCAGAUGCAAGCCUUUAACUUCUCCCGCGCUGUGUCGGCGGGCCCCGUCCCUGCGGCGCUGAAGUACUCCACCACGGGUGUGAACGGCACUUUCCACCUCGACGACCUGGCGCAAAAGCCACUGGAUCACGACGGAAGCUUGAGUCGCGGAGACCUAGCGCUGGGCGAUAACCUGCGAUUCAAUAGAACGAUUUGGGAUUCUUUCGUGGCUAGACUACCUGACGAGCUCGUUACUUGGAAGCAAGCUGCUGAGGCUGGUGCUGCGAGACUCGAGGAUGCGAGGAAGGAGAAUCCCGAGUUUGUGCUUGAUGCCGCUGGUGUCGCGGCUACAGUUGAGCAGAUGAGUGGUCUUCUGGCCGCGCUUGGAGGAAGUGUCGAGGAUGGAAAAGCGAGAAGGGAUUGGAUCAAUGCUAGUUUCGUGGAGGAAAGGUUGCCGUGGUCGCUUGGCUGGAGGACGAGUGAGACGGUGCUUGAGGGGGCGGACUUUGGCCCAAUGGCGAAGGCCUUAAGGGAGUAUGCGCCAGGUGGGGUUUGA